ACGCGGAAGUGAGGCGGUUUGAAGCGCUGACAGGCCGGGGCGUGCACUCGCCCACCAUGGCGGCCCUUGGCGCCUACCGCUGCAUCGAGUGCAGCAGGGAGGCGGCGGAGCUGUACAGGGACUACCAGCGUGGGGUGCUGCGCAUCUCCAUCUGCAAAUCGUGCCAGAAACCAGUGGACAAAUACAUUGAGUAUGAUCCUGUUAUCAUCUUGAUUAAUGCUGUUUUAUGUAAAGCACAAGCAUACAGACACAUUCUUUUCAAUACGAAGAUAAAUAUUCAUGGGAAGCUCUGCGUAUUUUGUUUGCUCUGUGAAGCUUAUCUCAGGUGGUUGCAACUACAGGAUUCAAGCCAAAAUACAGAUCCUGAUGACUUAAUCAGAUAUGCCAAGGAAUGGGAUUUUUAUAGAAUGUUUGGUAUAGCUUCUUUAGAACAAACUUCAUUUUUGGUUGGCAUUUUUAUUUCCUUAUGGUGGAUGAGACCUGAGAUGCUGAAAACGAAGUCUGAUUUCAUUUUACUUCUCAAAGCACUGCUGCUGUCCAGCUAUGGAAAGCUUUUGCUAAUUCCAGCUGUUAUUUGGGAACAUGACUACACACCUUUGUGCCUUGCAUUUAUAAAAGUGUUUGUCUUGAUAUCAAACUCUCAGGCAAUUAGAGUUACAUUGAACUUGAACCGAAUUCUCCCUUGGUUAGCUAUCUUCUUUGGAUUAAUUCUUGAAAAUGGUGUUGUCUGCUUGGUCCAGAAAUUGAGGUGGGAUGUUUGAAACAUCAGCCCAGAUCUGAAGAAUUACCAACAACACGAUAAUCAUUUUCUAAGAAUGAUCUCUGCCAACAGGCUUCAAAGACGCUUUUCAUCAUUAUAAAGAAGGUGACAGAUAACAAAAACUUGUGUUAGUGGUAAGUGUAGACAGUUUUAGGAUGAGUCAAACUGGGAAACCUCGGAAGUUCGGCUAUAUAAUGUGGUGAGCCAUAAAACUUCAUAGAAUCACAGAAUGGUUAGCGUUGGAAAGGACCUUAAGAUCAUCCAGUUCCAACGCCCCUGCCAUGGGUGUGGACGCCUCACCCUCAACCAUGUCACC